AUGGUGGAUGCCCUUCUGGCUAUACCACGGCUUGUGCGACUGCUGGGCCCAGUAGCCAUGGUCAACCGCGUCACCAGCAACGUCUUUUCUUUUAUGUGUAAAGAUAACCAGUACGGUUGUCAUGCAACGGCCACGGCUGGUGUGGUUUGGACGGGCGUGAUGACCAACAUUGGACUUCCCACGCCUACAGAGGAGCCAGCAACACGCACGCCCAGUACAGCCGAGGGGAUAGAAGCAUGGGGUAUCAAACUUCUUUCAGUGGCUCCAGAAACAUCGACCACGACAUCGUUGCCCUUAACAACGAGGCCAGCAACGACCACCCAGGCUCCAACUUCGUCAUUUCCCUCCAGCAGCAUUGUCACAUCAAGCGGGCUUCCGACAUCAAGCGGAACGCCAGAGCAGUCUUCAAGCAAAAGUGGCUUGGGAACGGGCGCUGAGGUGGGCAUCGCCAUAGGGUCGGCCCUCGGCGCUGCUCUCGUGGCAUUGGGUGCCUUCCUUUUUUAUCGCAAUAGGAAAAAGAAUAAACAAGUCGCUUUGCCUCCGGCAUAUACGGCGGCACCGCUCCCAAAACAUGAACAUGAGCUCGAUGGACAUGAUGCGCCUCAACUCCUCGAUUCGCAGCAUCCACAACGUGUCUGGGAAUUGGGCGCCUGA